GAUAAUUGACUAUAGUGCCAGCUUUCCGUUGUUAAUGUUAUUAUGGAAUAGUUUACACACACCAGUCUUCAACGUUCAAUUUUGACACUGUACCAUAAACCAUGCAUAUGUCAGUUGCCAACGUUGUUAUUAUAUUUUCAAUUUUUUCAAGUGCUGAACCAUAUUCUGGCCAACCGCAUAUUGUAUUCUUCGUGGUUGAUGAUUUAGGGUGGAAUGAUGUCGGUUAUCACAAUUCAUACAUAAAGACGCCUACAAUUGAUAUGCUCGCAAAGAGUGGUGUAAGACUGAAUAACUAUUACGUUGCUAGUCACUGCGUUCCAUCGCGAAAUAUGCUGAUAUCUGGUAGACAUGUGAUUGACAUUGGUCUACAGCAUGGCGAAAUUGGAUAUUAUCCCCGGGGUUUACCGCUGGACGAGUUUACUAUUGCAGAUAAGUUAAAAGAGAUUGGAUAUGCAACUCAUCUUAUUGGAAAAUGGCAUUGCGGAUGUUAUUCAAAUCACUCUCUACCACAUAACAGAGGUUUUGACACAUUUUUCGGCUACCUCGGCUCAUCGGACGAUCACUAUACGCAUAUCAUAAUGUCAAAUGGCUUAGCAGACUUACGAUUGAAUGAUGAGUGUGUAGGUUACAAAUAUUUUGGUGAUUAUUCAACAAUUAUGUAUGCAAAUGAAGCAAAGAAUAUAAUUGCUCAACACGAUGAAAAUAAGCCCCUAUUUCUGAUGCUGGCGUUUUCUGCAGUUCAUAAGCCAAUACAAGUCCCAGAUGUGUAUAUGCAGUAUUAUAAAUCAACUAUUCAUGACAAUGAAAGAAGAACAUAUGCAGGAAUGGCGUCAUGUGUUGAUGAAGCAAUAGCAAAUAUCACCGAGGCACUGGAAAAUAAGGGAAUGUUGAAGAACAGUGUAAUUGUAUUAACAACAGAUAAUGGCGGUGGAUCAGUUGGAAACAAUUGGCCUUUGAGAGGAAGAAAAAACUCACACUGGGAAGGAGGAGUGCGAGGAGUUGCAUUUGUUUAUAGUGAUUUACUACCGAUGGACGUGCGUGGCACUGAGAAUAGUGAAUUAAUGCACAUAACUGAUUGGUUCCCUACAUUGGUAAAAUUAGGAGGAGGUAACCCUUGUGAAAGGAAGAAUUUAUAUGGCGUUGAUCAAUGGGAAAUGAUAAGAGGAAUGGAACCAUCGGCACGUGGUGAAGUAUUGAUUGCUCUAGACACGACAAGGAAAGCAAGCGAAGAAUAUCGAACUGGUCCAUUCAAAUAUGAUAAAUUUGAUAUCACAACUUUUGCAGCUAUCAAAAUGGGUAAAUGGAAGUUACUGACAGGUGAUAGCACAUAUCGCAAUUUCUGGGACAUGCCAGAUCCAGAGUAUGGUGUAAUAGACGAUGAGGAUUUCGAUGACACUCGCAUGGUUCGGCUAUAUGACUUAGUGGAUGAUCCUUCUGAAAGAACUGAUGUGUCUGAGGAAAGACAAGAUAUAGUACACGAGAUGCUCGCUAAACUUGAUGGAUAUGAAAAAGCAGCAGUACCACCUCAGAUGCAAACUAAACCCCGUCUUGACAAUCAUGUUCUUGAAUGCAUGGGCCCUUGGAUUGAUUGA